AUGAACCAGCAGGGGCUGUUCUUCCAUCAUCAGUUCUCACAAGAGCACGGAACCAACACCGCGCGCUCCAUUCAUCAUGGAACCCCCAUCACGGGGUUCCAGAAGAGGGGGAAUCUACUCAUUAGGUCCGAUGCCAUCGACUCCGAGGAAAAUCCCCAGUUCCAAAUCAAGAGGUGGGAGGAUUCCAAGGCCGAGGAGAUGGAGAAGUUCCCAGUCCAGCUCCAAGACCUGGCCAUUCACCAGCUGUUGAGAGAUAAAACUUCUAUCAGACAGACCCUGAAUGAGCUUCCAAUCACCUUCUUCCCGAUUUUGUUGGAUGAGGCCAUCAAAGGGAAACACAAAAAGAGGCCAAAAUUGAGGAUAGUGGAUUUCCGACCAGACUCUGAGCGAAUUCUGGCCAAUGAUGGCUCUCAGGAUGCAGCUGGAUGCCUGGCAUCAUCAGCCACAUGGAGGAACACCAAAGCCACCUUUACUGAGAGCAAACCCAGGCAGAGGCGCACACAUUGGCUGCCCUGGGAGUGUGUGGAUCUAUAUAUGAACCUCUCUACAUGCGAUCAAUAUUCUCAGAUCAUCUUUUCUUCUAUUCAGAGGAGGUUGAAGAUUAGCUGCCGUCCUAUGCGUCUGUUUGUUAGGAAAUUGUGCAUCAGGGAUAAGUCGUGUGAGUGGCUUGAGAACGCCCUGAUCUUCAUGCAGCUGGAAUUCAUUGAGGAGCUGGAGCUAGAUAUUCCCCCAGGUUUCCACUCAGAGGGGAUCAAUGUUACAAGAAAAGUGAAAGAGAUGACAAAUUUACGGAGCAUGUCCCUGUCUGUUCUCAGAAUCCAAAGUCAUGGCCAAUGGGACCAGGUGUUAUCUAGUUUAUUUUCCUUCCUCUUCUACGCCAAGGGACUGAGCCACCUUCGGGCAUUCCACUUGUCCACUUACUACAUUUCAGGCCAUGUGUACUACCUCUUCCGCUACCUGCCUGCUACCCUGGAGAUCUUAGAGCUCCCCUUCUGCAACCUGGAACCCCAGGACAUCUGCUGCCUGUCCCAGAGCCCGCAGGCCUGGAGUCUGAAAAAGCUCAAUCUGAGGAACACUUGUCUUUCCCGUGUGGCUCCCAAUGUGUUAAAGGCGCUGCUUCAGGCAUCCAUGGCUACCCUGCAGGAACUAGACCUUGGUGGCUGCAGGUUAGAGGAUGUCACAUUCAUGGCAUUGCUGCCCCUCUUAGGUCAGUGUGUCCUCCUCCAGGAGCUCAGCCUCUUCGACAGUGUCAUCACCAUGGCUACCCUGCGGAGCCUGCUCCAGUACCUGGCAGGGCUGUCCAAGCUGCAGCACGUGGUGCUACCUGUCCCUGUGGAGUGCUUUGAACACCACCCCAUUCAUGGACAUACCCGGGACUUGCGACCACAGCUGCUCCAGAGCGUGAAAGCCAUGGCCGAGGAGAUGCUGUGUGUCCCGGGACGGAAGGACUUGCGUUUUACCUACUGUCUCUCUGAAGUCACUCUUUGGAACUUGACUUCUGAGUCUCGGAUAUAUUUUCAGUCUUUGUUUCCUCAUCCAGAACCCUAA